AUGCCUCGCUUCGAAGACUCCGACCUGGGAGCAGACCUCCCUGAGUCUCUCUCUCCCCGUGACAGCCGCCCCAGUGUAACCAUCGACGCUGGCCUGCCCCUCCCCAUCCCUGCUGACCCUGUCCGUCGCAACCGCCGCGAGAGUGAGGUCGUCGAGGUGCCUGCCUCUCGAAGCUCCAUCAGUGAUGCCGCCCAGUUCAUGCACAACUUGAGCCUUCAGCCCUCCAUGCUGGACCGACGGGCCUCCCGAAACUCCUUUGGCACCUCGCUGCCCAUUCCUCGCUCCUCCAGACCCUCUCGUCUCUCCUCAGUCGUCAACGCAGAUGGCUCUGGUGCUGUCUCGCGCGACAUCCUGGCCUCGCAGGUCCAGGACAUGGCUCAGGAAAAGGUCCUGGCCGCCAAGAACAUGGCCUUUGCCUUUGACAUUGACGGUGUGCUGGCCCAUGGCAACAAGGCUAUCCCACAGGCCAAGGAGGCUCUCAAGAUGCUGAACGGCGACAACGAGCUCGGCAUCAAGAUUCCUUAUAUCCUGUUGACCAACGGCAGCGGCAAGACUGAGGAGGAACGCUGCCAGCAGCUGACCGACGUUCUGGACAGCCCCAUCUCCGUCGACCAGUUCAUUCAAUCCCACACUCCCAUGCGUGCCCUGUCCGAGUACUACGAGACCGUCUUGCUUGUUGGCGGUGAAGGCUUCAAGUGCCGAGACGUUGCUGUUGAAUACGGCUUCAAGAAUGUCUACACAUACCACGAUAUUCUCGCCUGGAACGAAGAGAUCUCCCCAUGGAGAGCCCACAGAUCCGAAAAGGAAAUCGCCCAAGCCAGCCCUAUUGAUUUCUCCAAAGUCAAGUUUGACGCCAUUCUCGUCUUUUCCGACUCUAGAGACUACUCUACCGACUUCCAACUGAUCAUCGACCUCCUCAUGUCUGAGGACGGCUACUUUGGCACCAAAUCCAAGAACCCUGGCGCCGGCAGCAUCCCCAUCUACUUUUCGCAAGGUGACAUGCUUAUGCCUACUGCCUACAAGGGCCCUCCCCGUAUGACCCAGGGCGCCUUCCGCAUUUCCAUCGAAACCAUGUACAAGGCCCUGACCGGUACCGACCUUGAGCGUGUGGUCUACGGCAAGCCCGAAUUGGCCACUUACAAGUACGCCGACGAAGUGCUCAAGUCGUGGAUGGAGGAAAUCCACAACGAGAACAAGAUUCCCGCCAACGUCUACAUGGUCGGUGACAACCCAGCCUCCGACAUCAUCGGUGGCAACAUGUACGGCUGGAACACCUGCCUGGUCCGCACCGGUAUCUUCCAAGGCGGCCCUGGCGAGAACGAUCCCAAGAGCCCGGCCAACUUUGGCGUGUUCGACCACGUUUUGGACGCGGUCAAGGCGGUCGUGCGCAAGGAGCUCGGCAAGGAAUUCAAGUUCAAGUGGAACGAAAAACUCAACCCGGUCCUCCACGGAGACGGCAUUUCCGCCAUUGAGUAA